AUGUUGAAAUCGCCAUUCCAAAGUAGAAACACGAGUUCAAUUCAAACUCUAAUAAUACCCCUCCUUGAAAAAUGCAAAUCAAUGUCCGAGCUCAAGCAGAUUCAUGCUCUGCUACUCACUUCAGGCCUCCACAAACAAAGCUUGUUCGCCUCCUCCAAAAUCCUUUCUUUCUCGGCACUAUCCCAUCUGGGUAAUGUCGAUUACUCUUUCCGCUUCUUAUCACAGCUCUCCAGUCCGACAACCUUCGAUUGGAACACAGUAAUAAGAGGUUACUCCAAGACCAGAAACCCAAACCGUUCGAUAUCGGUUUUCGUCCGAAUGUCGAAGGACGGGUUCACGCCGGACCAAUUCACGUGCCUUUUUCUUACCAAGGCAUCGGCUUCUUUGCUGCAUAGAAAACUCGGUGAGACGGUUCAUGCCGUCAUUGCGAAACAUGGGUAUGAAUCGGAUAUUUUUAUCCAGAGCUCAUUGAUUCAUAUGUAUGCUUCUUGUGGCGAUAUCCAAUAUGCACGCAAGGUGUUUGAUAAAAUGACUCAAAGAAACUUGGUUUCGUGGACUGCCAUGUUGGACGGGUAUGCGAAAUGUGGUGAUGUGAAAUCAGCGAGGGAAGUGUUUGAGUUGAUGCCGGAGCGGGAUGUUGUGUCUUGGAGUUCUUUGAUUGAUGGGUAUGUGAAGGCGGGGGAUUAUUCGGAGGCUUUGGCUCUGUUCGAGCGAAUGCGGGCUGUCGAUAUCAAAGCGAAUGAGGUGACUAUGGUGAGUAUUUUGUGCGCGUGCGCUCACUUGGGUGAACUUGAACGAGGACGAUUGAUGCAUAAUUAUGUAGUUGAGAAUGGGCUGGCUUUGAGCCUGGCGUUGAGAACAUCGCUAGUGGACAUGUACGCAAAAUGCGGGGCAAUAGUAGAAGCUUUGGAUGUGUUUCGUGAGGAUUCUAUGGGAAAUAUGGACGUUUUGAUUUGGAACACAAUGAUUGGAGGACUGGCAAGACAUGGUUUGGUGAAAGAGGCACUUGACUUGUUUAAGGAAAUGCAAAUGACUCCUAUUGUUCCAGAUGAGAUCACGUAUUUGUGCUUGUUGAGCACCUGCGCUCAUGGAGGAUUGGUAGACGAAGCUUGGUAUUUCUUUGAAUGUCUUAACAAAAAUGGUAUGACACCCAAGAGUGAGCAUUAUGCUUGUAUGGUGGAUGUUUUGGCACGUGCAGGACGGCUAGAAGAGGCAUUUCAAUUUAUCUGCAAAAUGCCCACUAAGCCAACAGCUGAAACAUUAGGCGCUCUUUUGAGCGGGUGUAUAAACCAUGGAAAACUGGAUCUUGCGGAAAUAGUUGGAAAGAAGCUUAUAGAGGUUGAGCCAGAUCAUUAUGGUAGAUAUGUGGGCUUGUCAAAUGCGUACGCCAUUUUCGAGCGUUGGGAUGACGCUAGAAUCACAAGACAAGCCAUGGAUAAGAGAGGGCUUAAGAAGUCUUCUGGUCUUAGUUUUGUAAUGUUGAAGGUGCCAUUUUCAACCAAACUUAGCACUCUAAAUCAAACACUAACAGCCCUUCUUGAUAAAUGUCAAUCAAUGUCUGAGCUUAAGCAGAUUCAUGCUCUGCUGCUCGCUUGUGGCCUCUCCCAGGAAGACUCAUUCGCCUCCAAAAUCCUUUCUUUCUCGGCGCUAUCCGAUUCGGGUAACGUCGACUAUUCUUUUCGGUUUCUGUCACAACUCUCCUGUCCAGCAACCUUUUAUUGGAACACAGUGAUUAGAGGUUACUCCAAGAGCAGAAAUCCAAACAGUUCCAUAUUGGUUUUCAUCCGAAUGUUGCGAAACGGGGUCUCACCGGACUAUUUAACGUACCCUUUUCUUGCGAAAGCGGCUGCGUGCCUGAUGAAGCGAGAACUUGGCGUCGCAAUUCAUGCCUGCAUUUCCAAACAUGGGUACGAGUCUGAUAGAUUUGUUCAGAAUUCAAUGAUUCAUAUGUACGCGUCGUGUGGGGACAUUGCGUAUGCGCGCAAGAUAUUUGAUAGUAUGAGUCACAGAAACUCGGUUUCGUGGAAUUCGAUGGUGGAUGGAUAUGCGAAAUGCGGGGAUGUGAAUUCAGCACGGGAAGUGUUCGAGUUGAUGCCAGUGAAGGAUGUUGUUUCUUGGAGUUGUUUGAUUGAUGGGUAUGUUAAGGCCGGAAAGUAUAUGGAGGCUUUGGCAAUCUUCGAGCAAAUGCAAACUGCAGGGGGUAAAGCGAAUGAUGUGACUAUGGUGAGCGUUUUGUGCGCAUGCACUCACUUAGGCGCUCUUGAGCAAGGAAGCCGAAUGCAUCGGUAUAUCCUUGAGAAUGGGCUGCCUUUAACCUUGGUGCUCAAAACAUCACUGGUGGACAUGUACGCGAAAUGUGGGGAGAUAGAAGAGGCUUUAGGCUUGUUUCGUAGCAGUUCAAUGCGAAAAACUGAUGUUUUGCUUUGGAAUGCAAUUAUCGGAGGGCUCGCCACGCAUGGAUUGGUAAAGGAGUCGCUUGACUUGUUCGAUGAAAUGCAAAGGAUUCGAAUUCUUCCGGAUGAAAUCACGUACUUGUGUUUGCUGAGUGCCUGUGCUCAUGGAGGCUUGGUAAAGAAAGCGUGGUAUUUCUUUGAAUGUCUUGCUAAACAUGGCAUGACACCCAAAAGCGAGCACUAUGCGUGUAUGGUAGAUGUUUUGGCACGUGCGGGACAAGUAGAGGACGCAUUUCGGUUCGUCUGCCAAAUGCCAAUUGAACCAACAGCUUCAAUGUUAGGUGCCCUACUCAGUGGAUGUAUGAACCAUGGAAAACUGGAGCUCGGAGAAUUGGUUGGAAGGAAACUCAUAGAGAUUGAGCCAGAUCAUGAUGGUAGAUAUGUAGGGCUAUCAAAUGUUUAUGCAGUUUUCAAGCGUUGGGAUGAGGCAAGAAACAUGAGAGAAGCCAUGGAAAGGAGAGGAGUUAAGAAGUUUCCUGGUUUUAGCUUUGUGGAAGUAUCUGGAAUGCUCAACAGAUUUAUAGCUCAUGACAAAGGACAUCCUAAGUCCGAAGAAAUUUAUGCAAUCCUGAUUUUUGUGACAAACCAAAUCAAACUUGAUGCAGAUUACGAAAAUCUGGAGUACCAUCAUCUAUUACAAGAUAUACAAGAUUCUUGCUUUUGGACAACCUUGUAA